CAAACCUGAAGUCAUGGAGCCCAAACAUUUAUCUGAUUCAUGAAUUACACUGAAUUAACGGAAACCCGCCGAACUGUUAGCUCACAGGAAGUUCUCUGUUAGCCAACUAGCCGGCUAACAGCUCCUGAGUCUCAGGUGAGGAUGGAGGACUCACCUGAUCCACGAGAUGUUGAACGGGCCAGGACCUUCUGGGCCUCGGAGGACGUGGAUCAUAUGUUCUCCGGGGUGAUUCAUUACCUGGAUCACCUGAAGAAAGUCCUGAAGAAGAAGACGGCCACAGAUGGAGAGUACGUUCAGGCGCUGAAGCUGCUCGAGGCUCUGGACUGUUCUCCUCCCGCCUCCUCUCAGGACUCGUCUGUGGUUCAGGUGGUCAUCGGAUCAGAUGAGCUCCUCCCCCUUUCCCCCUGCAAUGGGCCGCUCAGCUCAGCAGCGCCCCCUGCAGGUGUAGACGAGCUGCUACCUCCUCUGACCCCGAACAACCUGCAGUACGAGCUGCACACCUGCUGCAAGGCCUGUCUGUCCACUUUACCCAGCAUGCCUCACUCUGCGCCUGUGUUCUGGGGUCAGAACCCGCUGAAGGUUCCUCUGCUCUGCGGCUUUAAGAGGCUGAACGCCACGCCGCUGACAUCAUCAAAAGGUGGCGGGGAGGAGGAGGAGCCUGUGAACAUGGAGGACGGGUUUCAUUGGGACGUGCUUUACAAAGCGCCGUGUGGGCUGAGCCUGCGUAAUCAUGACGACGUGAUGCAGUUCCUGUUGGCCACUGAGAGCUACGACCUCCUGCAGGUCGACUUCUUCACCUUUAACCCCUCCGUCCACUUAGACACGCCUCCAUCAGGGGGCCAACGACGGCCUGAAGUGGACCUGAGCCGGGGGGCGGAGCCUACACCUGUGGAGCUGUGUCUGGGGGAGGGCGGAGUCAGGCCUGCCGAGUUCCGAUACAGGAAGGAGCGCUGGCCUCACGGCUGCUUCCUGAGCCGCGGCACCACGCUGUUCAAGGUGUGCUGCGACUGCACGGACGGCUGCAGCUCCGCCCAGCACUGCGCCUGUGUCGCCAUGACGACAGAAGGACGCCGUUACAGUUACAACAGGCUGGACGAGCCGGUACCGUCAGGUGUGUACGAGUGUGGUCCGUGGUGCGGCUGUGACCGCGCUCGCUGUCAGAACCGUCUGGUCCAGAGGGGGAUCAGAGUCCGGCUGCAGGUCUUCCAGACGGAGGGGCGAGGUUGGGGGGUACGUUGCCGUGACGACUUGGACCGCGGCACGUUUGUGUGUAUAUACGCAGGUGUGAUCCUGCGACGGGUCCACUCCCCCGCCGAGGCCCCGCCUCCGAAACUGACGAGGGCGGACCUCCCCUCUGACGACGAGGUGGAGGUCAUCACCGAGUGGCUGGCCCCGCCCGUGCUGGAGGGGCGGAGCAACCUGGUGGAGCCCACGGCGACCUCGCUCCCCCUUCACGUCCCGGUCAUCCAGAGGCCCGCUGACCCGUCUGGCACGGCGCCGCAGGACCGAGAGGAGACGGUGCUGAGUGGAGCUCCACAGGCCCUGCCCACAGCGCAGGAGAAGACGGUUACCAUGACAACGGGCAGUCCCGAGAAGGUUGCCGAAGGCGUGAACGGUUUGAAGACAAAGAGUGGGAGGAGUCUAAAGAGAGCGAUGAAGGUGGAGAGCGUGAACUUCCUGGACGCGAGCAAGGAGGGAAACGUGAGCCGCUUCUUCAACCACAGCUGCACGCCAAACAUGUUCAUCCAGAACGUCUUCACCGACUCCCACGACCCCGCCUACCCCCUCAUCGCCUUCUUCACCAGCAGGGUGGUCAGGGCGGGCUCCGAGCUCACCUGGGAUUACUCCUCAGACGCAGACGGCGAGCGGGAGGUGCCGUGUCUGUGCGGCGGUGACGGCUGUCGAGGAGGUUUCACCGUGGAGGAGAAUCUGUGUGAGAUGUGUGAGCUGCAGGGAGAAACUCACUGAUCACAGCACGCCGUCUGCUGCUCGUCUCUGAGCGAGAGUC